UCAUGCUGCUGCCAGGUCCACAGUGUCUCAUGGGUCCAUGUACGGCCUCCCAUUGCUGCUGUCUCCAUCGCCACACUCUGCCAUGUGCCACUUUCAGGUCUCCUCACACUGCUGGUGUGUUCCAUUUUGUCAUAGGGUGCUGGCAGAUUACGGGCCUCCCAUUGCUGCUGCCAGGCCCGUAAUCUGCCAUGGGCCCCCGUACCGCCUCCUCAUGCUGCUGCCAGGUCCACAGUGUCUCAUGGGUCCCUGUACGGCCUCCCAUUGCUGCUGUCUCCAUCGCCACACUCUGCCAUGUGCCACUUUCAGGUCUCCUCACACUGCUGGUGUGUUCCAUUUUUUC